GUAAAAGUACCAAAGAAUUCACAGGGACUCAAAGCAUAAUCUUACUGAUGCCUUGCGAAUUCAGUUCCGCCGUUCAGACAUGCUUCUUCCUUCGACCGUCGACCAUGAAUCAUAAAUAGCACACACAGCCUUGAGCCUUCGACCCUGAACCGAAGUCACUUCUUCUGAAUUGGUGACCAGGGUGCGGAUGUACAGCAACAUCACCAGAUGACCAGCAAGAUCCCCACAGCCAGUGGAGUUGGUCAAAGCAUAGAACUGCCAGAAAAGGCGUUUGAACCAGACUCAUGUUUCGUGCUUGCAAAACCACUCGCGCAUCAAAACACACACCAGGCUAUAUCUGCGAAGACGUCGCAGCACAGAAAAACCAAAGAGCCACGACGCAAACCACCUGAGGCGAGUUGCAGAUGAAGCGCUGCAGUGGCUGUCUAAAGAGCUGUGGUGCGCGAUGCCAUGGCUUCAUCGAGGAGCGCAAGGCCUUGCGCGAAGGCAGCUGUGCGAAGCGCUUGCUGCUUCGCAGCUGCCAGCAAUGCAAGGAGGCGUGUCAAGAGCUCCCAGAGGAGAUGCCCAUCCGCUUCCCAGAAGAUGAACCGAGAGUGGCAGACGUGUGGAUCACGAGCUAUCCCAAAGCUGGCUCGACUUGGGUGCGCCACCUCAUCACCAAUCUGCAUUUCGCUGUAGAAGGACAACGGAGACCGGCCUCAUUCAAAGAGGUGGAUGACUUCAUCCCCUUCAUCGAGGAUGGCCAAGGGUGGACCUCGCGCACCAUGUUCCGCGAUCGUCAAGGUCUGCGAUUUUGGAAGAGCCAUUCGCCCUUCCAUUGUGACACCUUCCCAUGCAAGGGCCACGUGGUGGCGCGGCAGGGCCCUUCGCAGUGCAUGUGUCCCAACUGUGCCGCCAAGUUCCGACGGGUGGUCUACAUCUACCGUAAUGGCUACAACACGAUGGCUUCCUAUUUCCGCUUCCGCUUGGGCUUGGGUCACCUUCGUGAUCGGAGAAACUUUGGGACCUUUGUGAAUGACCGGAGGAUGUACCCAGGCACCUCCUGGGCGGAUCAUGUUCGCUCCUGGCAGCACGCUGAGCAGCGCGGGGUGAAGAUCUUUUGGCUCCGGUAUGAAGCUCUCGAAGAGCACACGGAGGCGGAGCUCCAACGCUUGGCUCAGUUUUUGGGACUGAAGGCUGAGGAGGAGCAUUUGAGCUUGGCGGUGAACGCCUCGAGUGCCUCGACGAUGCAAGAGAUGGAGCACACGGAGGGUGGGCUGAAUUUCUUCAAGCUUCGCUACAACCGCAGCUCUUUGAAAUUUGUCUCCUCAGGACAGGGCAACAUGGCCACGAAGCGCUUGUGGCAGGACGUUUCCGAGGAGGUCUUACGAACCUGGAGGCAGCACAACGGCCCCACCAUGCGGUGUUUGGGCUAUCCAGACGCCCCAGUCUGAGAUGAUGGGCUUCAACGGCGUUCCCCUGGCGGCCUUCCGGAAACCCGGCGCGCAGAGCGCGGAGGAUCGACUCCACGACCACGCGGCGCCGACGCGAAAGUCGCGGGUCUCGCAGCGCCACGUUCGAUGCAGACGCUGAGACCGUGGAGACCGUGGAGACGGGUUCAGGUGCGAA